CAAAACGCAUUGCUUGUAGUGGCUGCUACCAAUUGAAAUUUCGUUCGCGAUCCGCCAUUUCCAUUUUUCUCUCUAUUUCUCUCGCUCUCCCAUUUAACUCGCGCGCAGCCAAACAGCACCGAUUUAGGGUUUUCUUUUUCUCUUCCUUCGAUUCUUAGUACCAAAUUGUAGGAAUAUGAGGUUGCAACAUAUGACGCUGAUUUGAUUGAUGUGGUUCAUCGGCUCUUCUCACGCCCAAACCUCACAGUCCUCCUCUCAGCCUACGGUGGUGCGGUACGUGCGAUUCGGAGGGGUGCGGUGAGAGCGUCAAUGGCGGCUCCUCGGAAUCUGAUGGGCGAGAGCGGUAGGUUGCUGAGGGACGAAGAGAGCGCGGGGGGGAAGGAGGACGACGAUUCCCCCACCGGAAAGAGGCCCAAAUUGGAGAGGUUCCCCUUCACUCGAUGGGAGUUAGCCGGCGCGCUCGGCGUCUUUCUCGUCUUCUCCGCUGGCCUUUUCUGCGUCUACUCCACCAUGCCCGCGGCCGACUACCGCAAGCUCAAGCUGCCUCGCACCGUUUCCGAUCUCCGUAUACUCAAAGAUCAUCUGGCAUCAUAUGCUAAAGAUUACCCAGCUCAAUUCAUUCUGGGUUUCUGCUCCACUUACAUCUUCAUGCAGACAUUUAUGAUUCCUGGAACAAUUUUCAUGUCCUUGCUAGCUGGAGCUCUUUUUGGUGUUAUCAGAGGCCUUCUCUUAGUUGUUUUUAAUGCUACAGCUGGAGCAUCAUCCUGCUUCCUUUUGUCGAAGCUAAUUGGUAGGCCUUUAGUCAGUUGGUUGUGGCCUGAAAAGUUGAGAUUUUUCCAAGCAGAGAUAGCUAAGCGCAGAGAGAAGCUGCUGAAUUACAUGCUUUUUCUGAGGAUAACUCCAUCAUUACCCAACCUUUUCAUUAAUUUGGCAUCUCCUAUUGUCGAUAUACCGUUCCAUGUUUUCUUUUUGGCUACUUUGAUUGGUCUUAUACCAGCCUCCUAUAUCACAGUCAGAGCUGGCCUUGCUCUUGGGGAUCUCAAGUCAGUCAAGGAUCUAUAUGAUUUCAAAACUUUGUCUGUUCUUUUUCUAAUUGGUUUCGUCUCCAUUUGUCCUACCCUUCUGAAGAAGAAGAAAAUCUAUGAAUGAAGGUUCCAUUAACCAGGCCCUUCCCAUUGUCUGAUCGAGGUUUGAAUUGGAAGCAAACCCGAGGAUUCGUGGAGCCCCUCCCAUUUUCCUGUUGAAGACAGCUGACUCAGUGUCUAGAUUAAAUUUGUGAACUCUAGUAAUGAAUUAUGAUUCAAUAACUUCUUAUCCAAAGUAAAGAAUGUUAAAUGAAAAUGGAAUAUGGCAUAGGCUCCACUUUUUUUUCUUUCUUUUUCCCACUGGAUUAUUCAUUGUGGAGUCAUUUGAGAUUUGGAAAGAUGUGCAAAAUGAUGUUAUAAUGCUUAUGCACAUCUAAUUUCCACCAAAUAUAGGAAUUGAAAUGGCCUUGUAUCAUUUGUUUACUGUUCUAUAACAAAAUACUAAAGCCUACAGUUGAAUGUGGAGUGGAAUUGCCAAUUGAAAUUCUUUGAAUGGAUCUUCGGUUUACUUUUUUAUUUAA